UUUACCCAUCACCACCAUAGCCAAAUAAUUAAAAUCAAUCAACCAACAUUCAAUAGAAAAAAACCCAAGUAAUAGCAAUAUGAUGUGUUUGUAACCCUGAAUAACCCCAGAAAAUGAAGCAAAAGAUUAGCUUCAUUAGAGCUCAAAUUGGUUGCUGUCAGCGGCAGAGAUGGCACUGCUGCAAUUACCGAUAUCUAUGCACGUCGCCGGCAACGGUAAAUUCCUCCACCGCCGCACCCUUUUCAGGAACCCAGAUAGAAAGAUUGCACCUUUGUACAAAUUAUUCUACUUUUAGUGAUAGUAAUGGUGAUAAGGGUCCAGGGAAGAUGACAUUAGCAAAAGAUUUAGCUUUUCUAGUUGAGGAAUCUUCAAACCUUGCCGAAAUUAAACCCAAAACCAAGACUCGAAUGGAGCUCAAGAGAUAUCUUGAACUCCGCGUAAAGAAGAGAGUGAAGGAGCAGUUUUCCAAUGGGAAGUUUCAUGAUUUAAUGAUGAGAGUAGUUGCGAAUCCUGAAACGCUACGGGAUGCUUAUGAUUGUAUUAGGCUUAAUGCGAAUGUUGACAUAGCAUUAGGUGACGACAAUGUUUCUUUCGAAUGUCUGGCUGAAGAGCUUUCGGGUGGUAAGUUUGAUAUCAGUGCAAAUACUUUCUCUAUAUCGACAAAGGGAGAAAGUAAAGGAACCCUUGUUCUUCCGAAACUAAAUCUUAAGGUUAUUCAAGAAGCUAUCAGGAUAGUUUUGGAAGUUGUUUAUAAGCCUCAUUUUUCUAAGAUAUCUCAUGGUUGUCGUAGUGGAAGGGGUCACCAUUCUGCAUUGAAAUACAUUAGUAAAGAAAUUUCAAAUCCUGAUUGGUGGUUCACUUUGAUUGUAAGCAAAAAGCUUGAUGCGUGUGUGAUUGAUAAACUUAUCUCUGUAUUGGAGGACAAGAUCAUAGACCCUUUUUUGUAUGAUAUAAUUCGAGGCAUGUAUGAUGCUCAGGUACUGAAUUUAGAGUUUGGGGGUUACCCAAAGGGCCAUGGUCUUCCACAAGAGGGAGUGUUGUCUCCUAUAUUGAUGAACAUAUAUCUUAGUCUUUUUGACCAUGAAAUUUACAGACUUUCAAUGAAAUAUGAAGCUCUCAACUCAAGUUUAAAUCUCCAUGGAGAGCAGUUCAAUUCUAAUCUGCGGAACUGGUUUAGGAAACAGCUUAAAGGAAAUGACGCUAAGAAUGUGCCUCAAGAGAGUUCCGGUCCAGUAAUUCAUUCUUGUCGCUUCAUGGAUGAGUUACUUUUUGCUGUGUCUGGAUCCAAAGAUGUUGCUAGCCAUUUCAAGUCUGAAAUUAUGGAUUACUUGCAGAAUAGUUUGCUAUUAGAUGUUUCCAGCGAAAAAGAAAUAGCUGGCUGUGCUGGACCUCAAGCAAUUCGCUUUCUAGGGAGUUUGAUUAGAAGACGUGUGAAAGACAGUCCUGCUUUAAGGGCUGUUCACAAGUUGAAAGAAAAAGUUGAGGUAUUUGCUUCUCAAAAACAAGAGGCAUGGGAUGCUGGUACAGUUGGAAUUGGAAGGAAAUGGUUGGCUCAUGGUUUGCGAAAGGUUAAGGAGUCAGAGAUCAAGCAUUUAGCUGAUAGUAACUCUCUCUUAAGCCAAAUUUCUCGCUUUAGGAAAGCUGGAAUGGAAACUGAUCAUUGGUAUAAAUUUCUACUUAAAAUAUGGAUGCAAAACAUUAACGCAAAAGCAGCAUACAGUGAGGAUUUUAUCUUAUCUAAGUAUGUUGUGGAGCCAGCCCUUCCACAAGAACUGAGAGAUUCCUUUCACGAGUUUCAAAAGUGUGCAAAAAAAUAUGUGGAUUCUGAAACUGCUGCAACUCUUGCUCUUUUUCCAAAUUCCAGCUCCUACUCUGAAAUGGUCACUGAGAUUAUUGCCCCUGUUGAUGUUAUCAAUAAACGUUUGCUACGAUAUGGAUUGAUCACAUCUAAAGGGCACUCCUGUGUAAAUUCUAAACUUAUUUUACAAGAUAAAACCCAUAUAAUUGACUGGUUUUCAGGUAUUGUUCGUCGUUGGCAUAGAUGGUAUGGUGAAUGUGAAAAUUUUGCCGACUUAGAGCUAAUAGUUAAAAAUCAAGUCUGGCAAUCUUGCAUUCGUACAUUAGCGGCAAAGUAUAGAAUUCAUGAGAGUGAAGUGGAGAAACGAUUAGAUUUAGAUACGAGCAGUAUCGUUUUAACUCAAGAGACGGACCAAGAAAACUUAAUUGAUAAUUCAAACUCUCUAGCUUUUGAAAAUGACGAGGCUUUGAUGUAUGGAAUUUCUUAUAGUGGUUUGUGCUUAUUGUCGUUAGCAAGAAUGGUGAGUCAGUCACGACCUUGCAAUUGUUUUGUAAUGGGGUGCUCAGCUGCAGCACCAAGCGUUUAUACUCUUCAUGUAAUGGAAAGACAGAAAUUUCCUGGCUGGAAGACAGGGUUUUCGCCUUGUAUACAUCCUAGCUUGAAUGGAAGGCGAAUUGGAUUGUGUCACCAGCAUUUGAAGGAUUUUUAUGCAGGUCGCAUUUCACUUCAAUCCAUUGAUUUCAGUUCAUGGAAGUGAAAACACUGAGAAUCAAUGAAUGCUAAUAUGAAGGCUUUUAAGAUGCCAAUAGCCAACUGCACAUAAACUUUGUUGGAACGCGUCUAUAUAGAUUUUAAGCGCACACGAUGAAAUAUUUUUUUGUUGCCUGAACCGUUACUCGGAUAUUUACAUGGAAAGCCUUCUGCAAGUCCAUCUUCAGAUGGUAUUGCAGCAUAUCACAUGGAAAUACAAAAGAAAGAAAUAAGAGAGCUGUUAGAAGAGGUUCAAAGAAUAUAACUUUCUGGUAGAGUAACCCAAGUUCCUCUUUUCAGCCAUUUGAUAUCAAAUAUUGGAGUAUGAAGAUGGAGGGAGCAAUGCCCCAGGUCUACCUCUCUAGCUUGCUUCUCAGCUUCUACAUAUAUGUUCUAUGUGUAAAAUUUACUCAUGAAUUAUUUUAAGUCAACAUAUCUUUGAAAAUUUACAUUAUAAUGGGUCCCUGAAUCCAUGAAAAAUAUACAGUAUGUUAUCUGUCUUGGAGUUUUGGAUAAGCUUCUCUAAACAUUGAUUCUAUGUUACAUUUUCAGAUUAUUUUUUUAGCACGAGAGUGUCUUUAGUUGGGUCACUUUCUCUCUGAGAACUUAUUUUUCUUGGUUUAAAGAUUUAAUAAUUUUUUAGCAUAUCCCGGUUUAGAUGAAAUCAUUUCCUAAAUAUAUCAGGAACUUGAGCAACACGGAAAAUGAGUCACAUUUGUCCUUUGUUUCUGUGGCUGGUGCUUCUCUUUGUAUGUGCAACUGCUUGUUUAUGUGAUUUUCAUAUUUUUAACUGCAUGUUAAAGUAACUCGCAGACACAAGUGCUCUGAGUUUCCGCGGGAGUAUUAGAAAUGCAUUAAUUCUUUUGGAUUCGUAUAUGCGAUUCUGAAAGGGAUAUGCUCAAAUAUUUUUUUGAAUCUUUCCUUCUUAGCAAAAUUCACAAUGAUAAAAUCUGGCGUACAAAAAAUAAAUGUGUGAGAGAUGCUAAAAAAAUAGCUUCCCCUUCUCAUACUUUCAGUAAUAUAUUUCUUCAGAAACUAUGAAAUAGGCAUUUACAAUUCACUCAAGCCAAGUAUUUCUCCAAUUUGUCCACUUCCUCCUGGCUUCCAAUGUAGAGCGGAACACGUUGAUGUAUCUGGUGAAAAAAUGAAAUCCUUGUUAUCGACAUAAAAAAAAGUUUGAAGCAUAUGAACUGAAGAAUGUUUUUACAUGUGCUUUACCUCAACAGGUUGGAUGUCGAGUACUCUCUGAUGGCCGUCUGAUCCUUUGCCACCAGCUUGUUCAACUAUAAAGCUCAUAGGUGCGCACUCAUACAAUAGUCUAAGCUUCCCGUUUUUACUCUUCGCGUCUCUAGGAUACCCAUAAAUGCCACCAUAUAGCAGUGUUCGGUGGAAGUCACCGACCAAGCUACCUAUGUAACGAGCAGAGUAGGGUUUUCCGCUAGGACCAGGGUCUUUUAGGUCAUCAAUGUACUUCUUCAACUUAUCAUCCCACAUUUGGUAGUUUCCUUCAUUAAAUGAAUAAAUUUUUCCAGCCUUUGGUAUUUGAAUAUUUUCUUGUGUUAAAACGAAUUCUCCAUACAUUGGAUCCAGCGUGAAUGAAAACACGCCGGUUCCAAUAGUGAUAACAAAAAUAACCGAGCUUGAGUACAUGCAGUAGCCAGCAGCAAGAAGGUUAUUUCCUGGCUGGCAGACAUUCACAAUACAUCUCUGUUCUUCAUUGUCAAGCUGCAAUUUACGAAAUUGUCAAAGAGUUGGAUAUUAUAAACUGUCUUAUGAUCUCAUUAUCAUAUUAUUUGUUUUCUUUAAAUUUUCUCUUACAGUGCUAUCAUCACCAAUAUCAGCUAGGCACUCAUCAUUUGGGCUGUAAAUUCCAAAAAUGGAACCGGUGGACACUGCUGCAUCAAUAUUCGACGAUCCAUCAAGUGGAUCAAACACCACAAUGUAGUUUCCCGAGUAACUCUCCUCCACUGCUACCGGGACAUCCUCUUCCUCGGAUGCUAUGAUUCCUGUGCGUCCGCUUGAUCUCAAACAGUAGGAGAACACCUGUAAGUGCAACACUAACCAAUCUGAGUAAUUCUACCGAAUGAUUCAUGCAGAAUAUAUGUUGCCAUUGAAGAAAGAUACUAAAAUUAUGUUAGCUACAUUUUGAUUCGUACCAUAGUAUUUUGAAGAAGAGGUUAAAUAUGAUAGUUCUAGAGCAAUAUUAUGGAAACUAAUGUUUAGUAGCAAUCAAGAUUUGCUUUCAAGCAAAGCAUAAUUUAGAAACCACAGUUCCGAGAAAAUUUCCAAAACUAUAUUUCUUAUAUAUGUAGUGUUUUUAGAAUUUAUAAAGUUAUUUUGUAUCGACAAACCUCAUUUGACACCACAUCUAGCUUCUUCUGAUCCUCUCCUUGAAUAUUAACAGCACCCUGAACACCAGUUAAGUUAGAAAUCCCGGCUCUUUGAACCAAAGAAGCAAUCUGUUUACACGCCAUAGAAAUGCUAGAAAGCACGAUAGUUAGUUCAGCAUCAAUGACACCAGCUUGUUCUUGCUUCAAAAGCCAAGUAGUCAGUGCUUGAAUCUCGAACUUACUCUUUGUUUUCGUCACUAUCUCAGAAUCCGUGCUCACCGCCAUACACUUAACCCCAGAAGCAACAUGCUUUUUCUUGCUGCUACCGGUAUUAGAGAACGAGACUAGUGUUUUUGUAUCAAAGACGCAUGAUUGAAAAGGAGAGAGGCGAGAAAGAGACCGCGAGCUUGAGCUCGAGAAGAGAAGCUGAGAAGAGGAUGGUGUAGUAAGAGCAACCAUAGCUAACUUCAAUGUCAAGGUGUUCAAGUUGUACUCUUUGUUUUUGAAGUUUUUUCUUUGUGUAAGAGCAGAGCAGUAGUGUGUCUGUGCUUGGAUUUUGUUAUUGUAAUGUGAGGUGGUGGCUAACGAUUUCCGUUGCUUUUAGGGUCCCACUUAUCAUCCUCUUUGUACCAGUUUUCUGUGAUCAUGAUUUUAUGAAGGGUCCAAGUGGACAAGUAGAGGUUAUGAUACAA